AUGUCAUUGAAACAUCGUCAUAGGAGUUGUCACAGGAAUUGCCACAGGAUAGUAUCAGAUUUUACCAAAGAACAGCACGUGACAUUCUUUUAUGAUAUUCAAGAGAAUAGAAAUCUUCAUUUUAAUGAAAAGGUUGUGGAUGAUAUUUACGGCUGUACUAAUGGUUACACUGGAUUAGAAGGUCUGUUUGCAUCAUUGUGCAUUGAAUAUGCUAGCAAUGGGAAAACCCUUGACUUUAGUACAUGGAAUAAUUGCUUCAUAGAAUUUAUUUCUGCAAAGAACCUUUUAGGGUGCUUUUUAAUAAGAGGAACUUUGUCAUCUUCAGAAAUUGAUAAUGAAGAAGAUUCAAUUUCCAUUGUACAUUUGCGUACAAUUGGCAACAUAAAGAGUCGGGACAACUAUUAUGAGUUCACAUCUAAUAUCAUCCUCGAUAUAUUGACAAGCACUGCAAAUCAACACACUUUUUCUGAAUCAGUUAUUCAAGGAGAACUUUAUACUUUACUACGUAUAGCUGCGUCGUAUACAACGUAUAAGGUUUUUCGUGAAACCAGAACUUUGAAGAAAUCUGAAAAAAAAUGCGACAUCUGGGUGUGUAAUAAUUAUGAGUAUGGAAUCGAAUGUAAAGUCAACAAAGUUUCUGACAAUGACAUUAUGAGUGCAGCUAAUCAGGCUAUUGGUAAGCAUCAUGAAUAUCAAUUCACUUUUCCAAAUGUUGUCAAGCCAAGAGACGAAAUCUACUUUGAAAUGGUUCAUAUAUUAUAUUCUCAAGCAACUCGAAGUGCAAAAGUCCUUCACAAUUGUAUGGUCGAGGAAAUUUCUUUUGCAAGUAAUUAA